AUGCCACCUAGAGGCCAGGCUCGGAAAAAACUUCAACCUUCCCCACCCAGAUUAGGGGGUCAAGUCACCUCACGCCGGACACGAUCUGGAAGAAAUUUCGCCCCUGAAUCAACUGAUGUUUUGGGGCAGCAGGAGAACGAUGAUUCAUCUUCUCGAUUGCGGACCCCUCGGCGAGCAAAGCAAAACCGAGUCACCCAGUCACCUCCACCCCCAGUCGGAGCAAAAGGCCGGAAAAGGAAAGUGCUAGUCGUUGAGAGUGACGAAGAAGAGGAAGUACGCCCUCCUAGGCGGCCGCGUCGGGGCCGCUCUCCAAAACGUCUCACUCAUUGUCCCCGGGAUAAGGAUCGGAAUGCGGCAUCGACAACAAGUUUUGAUUUCACUCAGAGUUCUUCAUGUACAGCGCCGCCUGUUGUCACUUUCCCCUGGGGAUUUUCCAUACCCAUUGCCGAACUCACUCAGGCUGACAAGACUCAGCUUCAAUUCAGUCGAGUAUCUGAGGCCGAUUUAGCAAAGGUUCUUACGCGCAUCGGAUGUAGCGUGGCAGGUCAAAGCAAGACCCAAUUAGUCCAACUUUGUAUUGCUUACGCCUUAACCAUCCAUCAGCUGCCGCCGCUGGAACCGACCUUGCCAACUGAACCUAGUCAACAUCAACCCAACGAUUUGCCACUUGAACCUAACCAACAUCAACCGAUCGAAUCAGAUCCACAGCACCAACGCCGUAGCUCAAGCGCUGAUCCAAUCAACCACUCCGAUCCGGAACUUCAGACGCCUAAAGCCUCUGGAUCAAGAGAAACAGAUCUGAUUCAACUCGAAACUCCGGUCUGCCGUCCCAACCAAGUUCCUUCUUGUACCAACCGAGUUCCAAAUCAAAGUACCAUCAACAUCAAUUUUUCGAGCAAUGCCCUCUCAGACCGUCAAAUAUCAAGUGAAGCUACUCCCCGAGGUACACUCCCAGACGAUUAUGACGAAAUUGUUCCGGCCAUACCUUUGCCAAUGCCUCAAACUUCAGAUGCUCCAAUGACUGAUAGGAACGAUCCAUCCCCAAAUGAGUCAGGCAACCGUGUUACCCCCCAAGAUAACAAUCAACGCCAUCCUCCACCCGCAAAUCUGUGGAGCCAAGCGACCCAGACCGACAUUCUUCGGAUUUUGCAGGUACAUACCGAAAAAUUAUCACUGAUUCAAGACGACAUCGCAUCUGCCGCUGAAAACUAUCGAGACAUCAUGGAAAAACUGGACGGCUUGCACGAUAAAGUAGACCACCAAGCCACACGAAGGACCCGUGAAAAACAAACUUCGACCAUCGACCCAUCCACUGUCUCUCGUUCUGGAAAGUUUAAAAAACUUAUAGGUCUUCUGUUUGAAUCUCUCUUUGGCUUGCCUGAGGGUGCAAUUUUACCCCCCCCUCCCCCUACUGCUCGCGAGAAAAAAAGUUGGCUGCGAGGCGUUGCCGCAUCAACACGAGACAACCCCGAACCUGAUACUCACUCCGACUCCGAAGCCUCCGAGACGAAUUCCAAUAGCAGUGAAGACAUUUCAGAUCCUCAUUUUCCGUAUCGUCGUACCGGAGGUCCUGGGCAUGUCUCCGCCUCCCAAGAACAGCUGAAGAUCAUGCAUGACAUGAUGAAAGAAAAAGGGAUGCGGCGAUUCCGUUUUGACUUCAAUUUAGCAUUAUCUGCGCCAGAAAAUCGACUUUGUUUAAAUCUGGCCAAGGACAUUUUUGUUUGCUUAGCAGAAUGCGACGAGUACGACGGGCUUCGGCCUGAGGAAAAAGACCCAGGUGUAGUUCUUUAUCAUCUCACAACUUAUGUCAAGGAACGUUAUGCGCGAAAGGUCAGGGCCGCGAAUAGUUGGACACCAGAUGAGCAGACAAAGAAUACCAACAUUGUAAAAAGAAAUGCUCGACGAACAAAUCUUAAAGCCGCUCGCCUAGAAUCUGCUAUAGAGAUUGGGGGCUUGAAUCACUUUCUCCCGGUUAUCAAAAAUGCUUGCAGUGACGACGAAACAGACGACGAAGCACUGUCGGCCGCCCCUGUCGCCAGUACUUCAAGAAGGGUUUCAGCUGGUACGAAAAGACACACGAAGAAGUUUUGCAAAGUUCGGCGGCUUCCAUGGCGCAGUCAAGCAUUGACGGAAGCCUUUGUCGCUCUGGAUGAGUACCGCGACAGAAAGAAAGGAGGACAUCUCACAUCUGCCAAAGGGGAUUGGCUUCAACUCCAAGACCCUGUUUUUCUCAACUCACUCGAAGUUAACACCUCGUCCGACUUCCCUAUCAAAUCCAUCUUAAAUCAAAUUAAAAGAUCGUUCCGGUAA